GAUAUUCUGUCAAUCUACAACAUAAAGAGGGAGAGGUCAAUGUUGCUAGCAUAGCAGUCUGCAUACAAGAUCUGGAAGUCAACAAAGUUACUCGUUAAUCCAAGUCACGCUUUGAUAUCCUUGAUUUAACACAAAACAACGGCAUGAGUUCCUCCUCCUCUCCGACUAUCGGGGAGUUGUUCCUCAUCCUCAGUGAGAUGGGUUUUUCAGAGGAGCAGAUCCAGGCAGCUGUGCAAGCCGGGCAUUUUUCUGUGUCAGAUGCAGCUGAGUGGCUCAUCCAGGGUCAGUAUCCACGGCACAGGUUGGUCAAGCAGUCAUCACAGCCAGCUGACACAGCAUUCUCUGCUUUUAAUCCACCCAAAGAGGCAGCAAGUACUUCAGAUAGCAAAGCUGCAUCCCCUUCAUUGGUGCUGAGGCCAUCACAGUCUGGCAACCUGUCCCCUGAGCCACUACCCAUCGAGUCCCGCAUCAAACAGGACAAGAGUGACUUUGAAGAGCAACAGAGACAACGCGUCGCUCAAGAGGCCAGAGCAGAGAGGAAGCAAAAGAAACAGGAGCGUGAGUUGGUGUUAAAGCGAAUCGCAGAGGAUCGGAAGAGCCUGCAGCAGAAGAACCAGUCUGGCACUGCUGCAGAGACGUCUCCUCCCAGUGGUCAAGGGCAGAAGCUUGGAGGAAACGUUCAGACUAACAUGGACAAUAACUGCAUCCUCAUGAUCCGACUGCCGUCUGGAGAGUCCAUGCGGGAGCGCUUCCCAGCCGAUGCUCCUCUGAGCAGCGUCGUGGAGCACAUCACCGGACGUCACCCCUCCCUCCCCUCCUUUUCUCUCCUCCAGGGUUUCCCACGGAAGCGAUUCGGGGAGGCAGAGCUUGCUUGUUCCCUGCGCUCUCUUGGCCUCACACCGAACGCUGCGCUCUGCAUACAGCCCACUGCUCCUGAGACACCACAGGAGGCACAGAGUCCUGCAGUACCUCCAUCAGAGGAACAGAAUGAGCCACCUCCAUGUGUUAUACCUCCUCAACCACAAAUCCCUGUCGUGGAGGGGGCGGGAAGGCGGGACCUUGUUCCUCCUCCACUACCCAAUGAGCUGUGGGAGGAGGCAGUGAAUUAUGCAGGAAUACCUGGAGCUGGUCCUUCACUGUCUGGGCCUUCUCACUUCUGGGGGCGAGGUCAGAGGUUGGUUCCUGGAGAGGUUGAGGACGCUGCUGGCAUUGAGGUUGAUGAAGAACAAGAAGGAGAGGAUGAACCCCCCUACAUGCUUAACGGAAUGCCCCGGCUGCCUUUCUUCCCAGAGAACCGGUUUCGUGGAGAGUUUGAGCCCCGGCACCACUGGCCAGAGCAGGGCAACCGACUCAGGGACGCUCCAGAUGAGGUCCCAGCAGAGCCUGAGGAGGGAGGUCGGGUGGCUCCUGGCGCUGCAGGUCUGGCUGCAGUGGAGCGUCUUCAGAGAGCUGCUCAGCAAGAAGACCCCUGUGCCUCACAGGGACAGCCAUCCCCCCCGAAGAGACCCUUCAGGACACCCAGUGUGCCGUCCCUAUGUGCCUUGGCCACCCGCGCCACUGUCCACCUCAUGACUGCUCCCAGCAUGCAGUAUAGCAGCAGUCUGGCAGGUCUCACCCCGGAGCUUGCAGAGCUUCUGCUCAACCACAUGUCCCGUGAGAGACUCCUACGUCCACGCACCCUGGAGCUCUUCUUCGGCUGCCCGUUGCAGAAGUUUGUCCUAAACUGCUACCCUUACUCGACUAAUGAGCUUCUGCGGCAGUUACGGGCCUUCACAGCACUGAAGCACCUCAGCCUGGUCAACUCACCUCUCAUUACAGACUCUGGGCUCUCAAUCCUGUCCAGCCUGGUCAAACUCCAGUACCUCAACCUGGCCUCCUGUAGCAAACUUACAGACUCCUGCCUGCAGCAUAUCACAGGAUUAAAGAGCUUGUGUUACCUGUCUCUGGACCACACCAAAGUGACCGAUACAGGGAUGAUACUAUAUCUCCAGUCGGCUCCGUCCUGCCUCUCUCAGCUGAGCCUGAACCAGACAGCUGUGACUGAGGCCACAUUAGCAGUCCUUCCCACCUGCGUACCACAACUACGGCUCCUCAGCAUCAAGCAGACAAAGGUAGAGGACGUGUCCGCUUUGGCGCAGCUGUCCAGCCUGCAGACUCUUAACCUGGACGGGACAGCUGUGACAGAAAGCUCUCUGGAGCACCUCGCCUCCCACCCUACCCUGACAUCCCUCAGUUUGGCGGGAAUCCCUGUGGCAGAUGGCAACCAUGCCCUGCAGAUCAUCUCAGGUCUACGGUUGACUCAGCUGACCCUCCCCGGACGCCACUCUGUCACAGACAGUGGUUUGUCUUUCAUCUCCAGACUGUGUCUGCUGUCAGAGCUCGACCUGACCGACUACACCCAGGUCACAGAUCAGGGAGUCAGCCAGCUGUCCACCAUGAGCAGGUUGAAGAAGCUGUCGCUCAGCAACACUCAGGUGACAGACGCAGGGCUUCCUUCUCUGCGGGGUCUGCAGGAGCUGCAGGAGCUCUGUUUGGACCGGACAGCUGUCACCAGCAGAGGAGUGGCUGAACUCAUCGCCUGUCUGCCGCACCUCCAGGUGUUGGGGUUGGCCAGCACCCAGGUGGGAGACACAGUAGUGAGGAGAGGUCUUAUCCGCUGCAAUCACCUUGUGAAGCUUAAUCUCAGCCGCACGCGGAUCACAGACCACGGUCUGAAGUACCUGAAACACAUGCACCUGGCUCAAGUGAAUCUGGAUGGAACCGGCGUGAGCCUGAUUGGCAUCGCGAACCUCCUCUCCUUCACCAACAUCAGCAGCAUUCGCGCCAGCAACACUCGCACCAUUUCCCCUGAUGACGUCUCAGACGAGGAGUGGGAAGCCCAGUGAGCGUCCACACACCCUGUUUGGUUCACACCUACUGUACCUGAACGCACCACGUUCUGCUGCGGCCCCCCCGUUAGCCCCCCCCAGUAACAUGCUGAUGCCAGGAGACUCUGACAAUCAGCAUAAUGAAAACACUCCUUCUACUUGCACUGUUUCAACAGCAGCUAGUGCCAUUAAUCUACCAAUCAUGCACGCUACCAAGUUGAAACCUGAAACAGGAGCCUCGUGUUUCAAAAACAAAGGCUAUUUUCAACGUUUACACAAUAUAAUCAAUCUGUAUUUACUUGCAAAAAAACGGCAGAAAUUAGUCCAUGGAGAAUUUAACCAACUAACUCCAACUACAGCUUUAAAGCUUUCCCUGCUGCAGCCUUAGAAGUCGGAGCUGCCUGCGCUCCUCUAUUCAAUCAGGUGGAUGUUGAAUGAUGGAAAUGUAACUUAGAUCACAGCAUGUAUAAUCAGACGUUAAAACUAACAGACUGCUAUGUGUAGAAUUUAAAUCAAACCUUAAAUAACACACUUUCAUUUAGAAUAAAAUAUUUUUUGAAGGAUGGGGAAACUUGGUUUUUCGAUGUGACAGCGAAUCCUGGGCUGUUCAUGCAGUGUUUGAUAAAUUAAUGGUCAGUUUGUGUUCAGUAUGAAUCUCCUGGUUAAAAUCAGUUCUUUCAAAUUUUUUAUUUUCAAUGCAAGAGGCAAACAUACGGUGGCCCUGAGAGCUCACAGCACUGCAACUUAAGAAAACGCAUGCAAAAAGACGAAACACAAGCAAAUUAAGAAAACAAAUCAAUUUGACAACACAUGCAUAGCAUUUAGAAAACGUGCUGCAAAGACCACAACACAACAGAAGUGUUUCCAAGGGACACUUAAAAGUGAUGCACAUAUACGGACAUGCUUGUAGUUUAACAGCAGAUCACUUAAAAGGCUGAAUCAUGCGAUCACAAUGUUAAAAUAAAUCAAAAACACUUACUUUUUUAUCUCAUUUUCCAACACCACUGACGGUAAGAGAAAAUUAAUAGCGCUGUGACUCAAAAUCCACGUCUACAACAAGCGUGUCCGGAGGUGUGCAUCACUUUUAAGUGUCCUCGGAAACACUUCCGUUGUGUUGCGCUCUAUUUGCAGCAUGGUGUGUUGUGUUAUGGUCUUUGCAGUGCGUUUCCUAAAUGCUGCGCAUGUGUUUUCAAAUGGAUGAAGAUGUUUUCUAAAUUUGCUUGUGUUUUGUCUUUUUGCAUGUUUUCUUAAGUUGCAGUGCUGUGAGCUCUCAGGGCCACCGUACACACACUCAUGCAGACCAUGUCAGCCACCGAGGGAAACAGACUUUUACUUUUAGUGCAGUCAGAAGGCUAGAGAUGUCCGUUUGUUUGACUUAUUGUCCAUAAAAAUGAGUCUUGCCACCGUGACGCUAUUUCUGAAAUCAGACACUAUUUUAGGUUUUGAUUUAAACAUUUACCAGAUGUGUAGUUUUUUUUGGGGGGUGAAGUCAUGUAUAGAAGUCAACACCAAUUUGACAACGUUAGAACUGUUUCUCAGGGAGGUCAUUGAGUAAAACAUGAAAUAACUGUUAAGAAUGACAUUUUGUGUAACAGUUACAUCCGUUUAUUGUUGACUGGAACAAUGUUUGCGUAUUAAUGAAAAUUGUGUAAUGUGGAAGAGCUCGCUCAAAUAGGGAAAUUUGACAAAUCCUUCUAAAGGUCAUGGUGACUAUUGUCAAUCAGCUUUACACACAUUGUAAUCGGAUUCCUCGUGAUGCCACCUUGUACGGUUUGGUUACUGUAAGCCAAAAGUCACCGAAAAACUUAAUUUGCCCUUCAAGGUGCUUCCUGGAGAUGCAUCUCAUUGUUGUGUACAGAAAACCGACAGCAUUACGUUCUUUUGUUAGGUUUUGUUAUGCAAAGAAAAGCCAGCAUUUUUUCAUUUGGUCCAGUCAUUGUCAAGAGGAUUCAGUGAACAGCGUAGAGAGUGUAGUGUUUUGGCUACAAUGAUGUAGCCAUGGGGCUCACAGGCCAAAAUCCAAAGCAACUUUAACUCACUUCAAGUUUUGUGGUCUUGUUUACAGAGAUGUAAAAUAGUUUAUUUUCCCUAACAGUUUUUGAUUUUUGGAAACAAAUACUGUAUUCUUUGAGUUUUAAAUGAAUAAUAAAGGCUUGUAAAUCUAA